AUGCAGAUAAAGUCGGCUAGAUUAAAACAUAUCGCUAUGCAUUGUGGUUCAAGCAAUACAAACGAUUCAAGCAACAUUCACUUGCAAAAAAGGCAAAGAACAGAUGAUAAAAUACGCUCCGCCAUGCUCGAUUUUGAAGUAUUCGAUUGUCCUAUUUGUUUCGAGCCACUUAUUGCUCCAAUAUUCCAGUGUGAUAAUGGCCAUCUGGCUUGCUCUUUGUGCUGCCCUAAAUUGAGGAACAAAUGCCCUUUUUGUACUUUGCCUAUCGGUAACAAAAGAUGUAGAGCUAUGGAAAAAGUUCUUGAAUCGAUUUUUAUCCCAUGCUCCAUGCUAGGUUGCACCAAAAAUGUAUGUUAUGGAGAACUAUCAGCCCAUGAAAAAGAUUGCAAAUUCUCUCUUUGCGCAUGCCCUGUACCAGGCUGCAAGUACAUUGCCUCAUACAAGGAUAUCUAUGAUCACUUUACCUUUGGCCACCGGGAAAGUUACUACCGGGAAAGACCUAUGCUUCGUGAUCGUGAUAUGUUCACAUCUGGCAAUUCCUUUAUUCUCGAGUUGAACAUCAACGAUAAGUGUUUCAGAGAGCUGUGUGGUGUGUAUGUAUCUGUAUGUUGCAUUGCACCAUCUUCUUCAGAAGCCAAAGAGUUCUCAUACGAUCUCUCUUAUACUAUUGGUGGGCAAACUAUGAUUUACAAAUCACUAAAAGUGAAAAGGAUUCGUAAAGUGAGUCUUCAAAUUCCUCAUGACAAUUUCAUGCUGAUCCCUCAAAGUUUAUUACAUGGCGAAUUCUUGAAUAUAGAGGCUUCCAUUAAAACGAUUAACAAAGUGCAAUAA